CUGCUGCGCCGCCAUUUUGAAAGUAACGGGGAUGUUUUGUGAAAGAACGAUCGAGAAAUAACGGGACAGACCUUUCAGUGCGUUGGUGAAUUUGUUAAAUCUUCGAGAUGGCGGGAACGGCGAGACAUGAUUACGAGAUGAGACAGAAGGCGAAACAACAGCUGAGAUCGUGUAAGGACCCGGUUGAACUCCUCAGACUACAGUGUCUAUCACGGGGAUCGUCAGGGAUCAAGGGUUUGGGAAGAGUGUUCAGAAUCAUGGACGACGAUGCCAACAGGAAGCUGGACUUUGCCGAGUUCAAGAAGGGCCUGCGGGACUACGGGCUCUCCCUUGAGCCUGGCGAGGUGCAGACCAUGUUUGGUCACUUCGACAAGGAUGGCAGCGGCUCCAUCGACUUUGACGAAUUCCUUCUAAAUCUCAGGCCCCCCAUGUCCAAAGCUAGGAAAGAGGUCAUCAUGCAGGCCUUCAACAAACUGGACAAGACCGGGGAUAACGUCAUCACGAUCGCUGACCUGAAGGGAGUCUACAACUGCAAACACCAUCCCAAAUACAAGAGUGGGGAGUGGACAGAGGACCAGGUGUUUGGGGAGUUCCUCAAGAGUUUUGAUGAGAACAUGGAUGGGACUGUGAACCAUGACGAGUUUUUCAACUACUAUGCGGGAGUCAGCGCAUCAAUAGAUAACGACGCCUACUUCAUUCUUAUGAUGAGGAACGCAUGGAAGCUUUGACGGGGUCGGUGGCUGGUAGGAGAGACGUUGACGCGUUCAAUCCGUUACACACGUCAUCGCGUCAGCCUGGGUUGGCACAGCGCUUGCUGUCCCCAGGAUCCGAUCUGCUGUACCUACGGAUGGCUGUCCCACAUCCCUGGGUACAGCAGGGGAUCGUGUGCCGAGGCAGGCUGACGCCAUACGUGUUUCUGUAGAUCGACAGCCUAGCAAGCGUGUGACAUAAAAAGUAGCUGCUUUCUUGAUACAGUAGACAAAAAACUAGACAGCUUGUCCUGGGAAGUUUAGGCCUUUGACAUGCUGGUAGUUGUUUUAGUUUGCCAACAAAAGUGACUUUAGAUGGCAGUGUUGCUUGUUUGUAAAAAAGUAUCUGAAAACGUAGAUAGCACACCAUUGGAAGUUCAUUCCUUUGGCAUGCUGUUAGACUUAUUUGUUCUAGGAAGAAAAGCUGCGUUAGAGAUUGUGCUAUGUCGAUCUGGUUGUGGAUUGGAUGAACAUCUUACACAUGCUCACAUACUGUGUGUAUAACCUCAG